AUGCUGUGGACCCUCUGCGCUGUCUUCUCUGCUCUAACAUAUGUUGAUGCAGCUAAAGUUCUGACCCAGACACCAGCUUUUCAAACAGUUUCUAAAGGACAACAGGUGGUUCUUGGAUGUAACAUUCAGAAGCCUGAAAACUAUUAUGUCCGUUGGUACAAACAGAUGCCUGGUGGAACUCCUCAGUAUGUUCUAAUGUUUUAUCAUUCUCACAGUUCUCCUAAAUUUGGAGCAGGUUUUUCCUCUGACAGAUUUGACUCUAAAGCCACAUCGGAUAUAGACUACCAGUUUAUUAUAAAGCAGGCAGAGACAGGAGACACUGCAGUGUAUUACUGUCACACAUGGGAUAACUCUACUAUGGAGCAUGUAUUCGGCCAAGGAACCAAGCUGAUUGUAACAGACUCCAGUCUCCCUCCUCCUGUCCUGACUGUCUUCCCUCCAUCCAGUGCUGAGCUACAGUCCAACAAAGCCACUCUGCUCUGUCUGUCCAGUCAGUCUGGGCCUUUUGCAGAUGUGAGCUGGUUGGUUGGUGGGAGUCCAGUGACCAGUGGAAUCUCUACCAGCACUGCUGUUCAGAGACCAGACCAGACUUUCCACAUCAGCAGUUCUCUCUCCAUCCAGACAUCAGACUGGAACAUGAAUAAGGUUUAUACCUGUAAAGUGUCUUUGGGCUCCCAGACUGCAGAGAAAACCAUCAACAAGUCAGGAUGUCCUGCUGAAGAACAGUAGAGGACCACAAUCAUCUAUAAUCUGCUUCUUUAUUGUUUUGCUUCUAACCAGAGUUUAAAAAGAAUGUUUUUUCAACAUUUAU